AUGCGGCUCUUAAAGGCGCACAGACCAGUUAUCUGCGGGAUGCAGAGGGUGGUGAUGGGUGGCACAGGAGAAGAAGCGAUGAUGCAGGGAUCUUCUGGUGCGAUGAGUAACUCGAGAUCAAACAUCCACAAAGUUAGCCAUGGUUCAAAACUUAGGUUUGCUUCAGUGGUAAAUAAAAUCCAAAAAGGCAGCAACAGCAAAUUUAACAGCCGGAAAACUGACGAUCGCCCUCCCACAAGAGCACUCCAGGUGUUCGAUUCUCAUGUAAAAAAUGUCCUUCCUCUGCCCAUGCUUCCUGCAGUGCUGGGAGACAUGCCGGCCAAGUCAGAACGAACAAGUCUGGAUGCAUUCUUUCCCAGCCCAGGAUUAAACCUCUCAAAAUCCAGCUCGAGCAGUAGUGUGUGCUUUUCCAGAUUGUUCCACAGUGCAUUUUCUGAUGGCAGCAUCCUAUCCAACCUGUAUCAAAAGGUUACUGCAACUGAUGAUAGCCUUCAUGUGAAGGAUAUGAACUUAAACCUGCCUGCUUCUUCCAAGAAAACAGACAGAGUGGAAGGGCAUGUGGCAGAAAACACGUUGGAUCAGGUAGUUGACAUCAUCCUUACUGAGACCGAAACUUUUACCCUGCUGGACAUGCCCAGCACUCUUACCUCAGAGGAGGCUGCUCAUGUAGAACAGAUAAAAGACAGAAACAGUUUUUAUGCUGAGCUUUGCCAAAACAGAAUGAGCAAUGAAAAUUAUUCUGAGGUAUCAACCCAGACGUUAGUUGGAGUACCAAAGACCAAACAGGUCCAGACUGAAGGGAACAUUUUAAUUGAUAAGAGCACAACUGCUACAGUCUGGGACAUAUAUGACUCUUUCUGUGCGCAAAAUAACCCCCCUGAAAAUGAUGAAGCUGAGUGUCAUGAUUGGACUGUGGGCACCAAGAAAGACCAAAAAAAGAAAGACGGGAGUGGAAGCAGCAGCGGCGACACAGGUAACAGCACAAUCCUGUUAGAAAUAGAAACAAGUGGGAGCACUUCAGAUGCUGAGCCACACCUGGAGGAAAUCAUGCUUUCUGAACAGUUCAAAAACAGCUUGUUAGUAAUGGAGAGGAACGUCUUGGCAAACAACUUCCAGCCAAAGCUGGCUGCUUAUAGAAAUCUAUCCAUCCUGAAAGAUCCCAACAUCAUGGGGGAGCCUGGCUUCGAGGAGCGGAGCGAAGAGGACCAGGAGAGUUUUUUAACUCCCACCAUGGAGAGUCUCUGGACUUUCGUUUACGAGCUUACCAAAGGAUGCAACAUAACCAGCAUGACCUGGAACAAGACGAACCCGGAUAUUCUGGCAGUGGGCUACGGUGACUUUGACUCCAGUAGCCAGAAACCAGGCUUCAUCUGCUGUUGGUCUAUAAAAAACCCUACGUAUCCAGAGCGCGUCUUCUCCUGUCACCGUAGUGUGACGUCCCUAGAUUUCUCAGCCAGCAACCCCAGCCGGCUGGCCGUGGGGAUGUUCGACGGCUCUGUAGCCAUCUACAACGUUCAGAUUCAAGACAGCAGGGCAUGCUUUGCCAGCAGCAGUGAGUCUCCCAAACGACACCUGCUUCCAGUGUGGCAGGUCAUCUGGACUAAACAAGAGCUGAAAUUGUCCGGGGAGGAGAGAGAAGAGGUUCUUAUCUCUGCGUCAGAAGAUGGCAGGAUUACCAAAUGGAUUCUCUACAACAACUGUCUGGACUGUAUAGACCUAAUGAAGCUGAAGAUUCCGAACAAUAAGACGGAAGGUGCAAUGAGAAAGACGACAACAAAAAACGUUCAGACAGCAGAAGCCCCCUGUCGUUCUGUUGACUUCCAUCCGACAGACUGUGGAAUCUAUCUGGUCAGCACUUUGGAAGGUUUCAUCCAUCGGUGCUCCUUAAGAAACAGCAAUCAUUUUCUGGAUACUUACAAAAAUCACAUUGAUGUUGUGAACCACGUCGAAUGGUCACCAUUUAAUCCUGAUGUGUUCCUGAGUUGCUCCUCAGACUUCACAAUCCAGGUGUGGAAGCAGGGCAGCUUUACCCCCGUGCUGAGCGCCACAUCUAUCAAGAGCGAAGUGUGCACUGCCAAGUGGUCCCCAAACCACUCCACGGUGUUUGCAGCCCUUUACAAACAACAGGUGGAUAUCUGGGACCUGAAUUCGAACAUCCUGCAGCCGACAAUCGUGCACCAUGCUGCACCGGGUGUGGAGCUGACAUCCCUCCUGUUUGGCAAAGGGUCGGACUCUGUCUUAAUAGGCGACAGCGAGGGCCAAGUGACUGUCUACAUGCUCAGGAAUCUCACAUCUGGAACAGACAAGCAGGUGGACAUUUUGGAUGCCGUUCAGUCUGGUUCCUAGUGACCUCAGAGCUGAAAAACUGUAAUGGAAAGAAAUGUAUUUAAUUGCCACUUAAAACAUGUUAAUAUUUUAUUGUAAAAGUUGGCUUUUUGUGAUAGAAUCUGUUUAAAGUGUUUAAGCUUUGGUGUGUCACUGUUAACCCUGCAGUCAAUUUAACAGUUGUUAAGAAAAUAUUGAAAAGCGGAAAAUAAAUG